GCCACAGCCACAUCUCGCCGGUCUACGCUGCGCUUCCUGCUGUGAUCGCAGCGCUGCUAUCCUCGACUGUCGGCUACGCUAAACUGCGACUCGUCCAACAUGGCCGGCCAGGAAGACCCAGUGCAAAGAGAGAUUCACCAAGAUUGGGCGAAUCGAGAGUAUAUAGAAGUUAUUACGAGCAGCAUCAAAAAAAUCGCCGACUUUCUUAACUCAUUUGAUAUGUCGUGUCGGUCCCGCUUGGCCACCCUCAACGAGAAGCUGACAGCGCUGGAGAGGAGGAUUGAAUACAUAGAGGCGAGAGUGACGAAAGGAGAGACCUUGACUUAGAGCUCAUCAUGGGACCUCAUUGCAUCCCAGAGCCACCUGCCCAUCAUCCCCCUCCCUGAUUUUUUUUUUUUUUUUUUUGGAAUAUGUGUGAUGGAUUCCACCCUCCUUUUUUGGGACCAUGUGGACCAUUUUUUAUAAUAUAUGGCUGGGUUUUGUGUUAUUUUAUUUCAUGACACAUUUGUAUAGAAGAUAUGGGUCUGCCUUUGGUGUCAGUGACUCAAGCAUCAUCAAUGUUACAAAACAAAAAAUAAGCUCCAUUAGUAUUGCUUUUGAGAAAAAAAAGGAAAAAACAUUGUGGGGCUCUAUUAUGGAUCUGGUACCAGCACAACGUGUGUUGUAUGCAGUGUCAUUACCACAUCAGAGAUUAACGAAAGGGUAACAUCCUUGUGUGCCAAGUUGAACAAGUAAUUGUGUAGUCAUCUUUAUUAAGGACCUGCUUGUACAGUGAACUGUUUGGUGAUGUUUCAGGAUUUAAAUACUGUAAUAAAUGAUAAAACAAUGA